AUCCGGCGGCGCCGCGCGCUUCCCGGCGUGCCCCGCGGGCGCGGCGAUCGCGGCGGACAAGAUGGAGGCGCACGGUGAGGACGGGGAGGCCUCGGAGGCCCCGUCCCCGCCCCCGGGGCCUGGCGGCGGCGUCAACGUCUUCGCCAACGACGGCAGCUUCUUGGAGCUCUUCAAGCGCAAGAUGGAAGCGGAGCGGGAACGGGAGGAGGCGGCGGCGGCGGCGGCAGCAGCAGCGGCGGAAACAGCCGGUGGCGCCGGGGCCCGCCCGUCCGCCGGUUCGAAGAGGAGCGGCGGCGCCCUCAGCUUCGUGGGCAGGCGGCGAGGGGGGAACAAACUGGCCUUGAAGACGGGAGUGGUGGCCCAAGAAACAAAGGACGGACGAGGAGUGCUGACGAGUAAGGGGGACGCGUGGGCCAAGUACAUGGCCGAGGUGAAGAAGUACAAAGCGCAUCAGUGCAGCGACGACGACAAAACGCGGCCCUUGGUCAAGUAG